AUGGCCUCCAAGACCAUCCCUCGCGCCCUGCGCCUCUCCAGCCGUGUGGCUGUUCCUCGCCGCACUUUUGUCUCUACUGUGCGUGCUCGCCCUUCAGUGGCCACUGCUGCUAUCCGCAGCCCUGUCACCGUCCCUGCUCGUGGUGUGAAGACCAUCGACUUUGCCGGUACCAAGGAGGACGUCUAUGAACGUGCCGACUGGCCUCAAGAGAAGCUCCAGCAGUACUUCAAGAACGAUACCCUUGCCCUCAUCGGCUACGGCUCCCAGGGCCACGGCCAGGGCCUCAACCUCCGUGACAACGGCCUCAACGUGAUUGUCGGUGUCCGCAAGGACGGUGCCUCCUGGAAGGAAGCUAUCCAGGAUGGCUGGGUUCCUGGAACCAACCUGUUUGAUGUUGAAACAGCCAUCAACAAGGGUACCAUCAUCAUGAACCUCCUCUCCGAUGCCGCCCAGUCCGAGACCUGGCCCACCAUCAAGCCCCUCCUCACCAAGGGCAAGACCCUCUACUUCUCCCACGGUUUCUCCCCCGUCUUCAAGGACCUCACCAAGGUCGAGGUCCCCACCGACAUUGAUGUCAUCCUCGUUGCCCCCAAGGGCUCCGGCCGUACCGUCCGCUCUCUCUUCCGUGAGGGCCGUGGUAUCAACUCUUCGAUUGCUGUCUUCCAGGAUGUCACUGGCAAGGCCAAGGAGAAGGCCAUUGCCAUGGGUGUUGCCGUCGGCUCUGGCUACCUGUACGAAACCACCUUUGAAAAGGAGGUCUACUCUGACCUCUACGGUGAACGUGGAUGCCUGAUGGGUGGUAUCCACGGUAUGUUCCUUGCUCAGUACGAGGUUCUCCGUGAGCGCGGCCACUCUCCCUCCGAGGCCUUCAACGAGACUGUUGAGGAAGCCACCCAGUCUCUGUACCCCUUGAUUGCCGCCAACGGUAUGGACUGGAUGUACGCUGCCUGCUCCACCACCGCCCGCCGUGGUGCCAUUGACUGGUCGCCCAAGUUCAAGGACGCCUUGAAGCCUGUCUUUGACGAGCUGUACACCAGCGUCAAGGAGGGCAAGGAGACCCAGCGCUCUCUCGACUACAACUCGCAGCCCGACUACCGUCAGCGCUACGAGAAGGAGAUGGAGGAGAUCCGCAACCUCGAGAUCUGGCGUGCCGGCAAGGCCACACAAACUCAAAGAGAGAGAAAAACAAAAAUGACAGAGCCCAAAUCCCACCUCCCACUCACCCCAUCCAGCAUUUCCAAAGCACACGCCCUCAUCAAACCAUAUAUCCACCAUACGCCGCUCCUCACAAACACGACCCUCAACACAAUCGCGUCGACUGCGCAACCAGCUACGGACUUGGCUGGUAAGGCGGCGGCGGCAUCGCCAAAGAUUCGGUUUUAUUUCAAGUGUGAGAAUUUUCAACGGAUUGGCGCGUUCAAAGCGCGAGGCGCGUUUCAUGCGUUGUUGAGGCUUAUUGAGGAGAAGGGGGAGGAGGAGGUUAGGAGGAGGGGGGUUGUUACGCAUAGUUCUGGAAACCAUGCGCAAGCCCUAGCCCUCGCAGGCAAAACGUUAAACGUGCCAGCAUACAUUGUAAUGCCGUCCAUCAGCACGCCUAGCAAAAUCGCCUCGACACAGGCCCUUGGAGCAACAGUGCUGUUCAGCGGCAGCACGGAACCAGAGCGUGAGGCCGUUAAGCAGAAAGUGCAGGAGGAAACCGGGGCUAUUUUUAUCCCGCCGUAUGAUCAUCCGGACAUCAUUCUCGGACAGGGUACGGUGGGACUGGAGUUGGAGGAGCAGUAUGAAGAGUUGAAAGGGCAGGCAGAAGGCAAAGGGCUAGAUGCUGUGUUUACGCCUAUUGGUGGUGGUGGGCUGAAUGGCGGCGUUGCGACGUGGUUCUCUGUCCCCUCGAAGGAAGGACGGAAGAAGUCGUUGGUCUUUGGCGCUGAGCCCUCGUUUGAAGGCGCAAAUGAUUGCCAGAGAGGCCUGGCAGCUGGGAAACGUGUCGAGGCGGUUUCGACAAAGACGAUUGCCGACGGACUGCGGACGCCCGUUGGACAUCAUAACUGGGCGAUCAUUUCCGAUCCGUCCAAGAUUGCAGGCGUGUAUAGCGUGAGCGAGGAUCAGAUUAAGAAAGCUAUGAGGUUAGUGUUUGAGAGAAUGAAGGUGGUUGUUGAGCCGAGCGCCGUGGUUGGACUGGCAGUGUGUCUGUUUGAUGAGGAUUUCAGACGCAAAGUCGAACAGGAGGGCGGCGAAGAUGGAUGGGAUAUUGGGGUUGUGUUUAGCGGUGGUAACACGACUGUUGAAGCUAUCGGGGCGUUGUUUACCUCCAAUUAA